ACAAAUGCUCUGCCACAUGACACAGCGGAGCACCGAGCGUCGCCUGCGUCACCUUUUCAGCGGAGAGUCUAAUUGAGUUUCUCCCUGGGAAGGGAACCUGUGCCCUUCAGCAAGGCAGCCGUGAAACCACCGUCUCUCCUUGCAGGAACAGACCGUAUACCCCAUCUGAGAGGAGUCUGGCGUGUGCAGCCAUGCUGAUGUAUGAUUACCCUCCGAAGACAGACAUUCAGCCGUCGUUCUAUCCUGGAGUGAUCUUCCCCCAUCCGCCGCACUUCUACAGAAUGCACCCCCUGUCCCACUCUCACACCCCGACCGGGCUGACACACACCCAGAUGGAGCCCGUGGACCUGUCUGUCAACAAGCACUCAUCUUCCAAGUCCCCUCCCUGCUCCUCUGCGUCGACCCCAGCGUCCCCUCGCAGCUCCCCUGCCUCGCCUUACAGCUCGGCGAGCCGCACCUCUUCCCGCAACUCACCCCCACACACUCAGUUGCGCUCCUCGCCCUCCCACCCUCUCCCGCCGCCCACUUCCUCCCUUCCAUGUCCCACCAUUGUGUCUCCGGGGGGCCCAGGGGUCAUCCCAAAGUCCCAGAUCAUGGUUUCUCAGAUCGUACUGCCUCUGCCCAUUCUCCCCUAUUACUCGCCACAUUUGCUGAACCAGCCAAUAAUGAUGAACUCACCUGCCAGCAGCGACGAUGACCGUUUCAGGAGCUGGGAGCCCAAGAUAGUUCACCCAACGAAGCCUCUUGAGCCGCGAAGUGAUACCCACGACCUGCACAAGCCAAUCAAAAUCGAGACUGAACCCGCUCAUGACCCCAGCAGUCACGAGAAGUCAUCAGUCAGAGUGAUGCCACGCGAGUACGAAGGUAACAACCCAUCAGUAAUAGUCCACUCGGGCACAAGGCACCCUUUCCCUGCUGAUUCACCUGACACACUGAAAAAACGGAGGAUUCAUCGUUGUGACUUCAGCGGCUGCGACAAAGUGUACACCAAGAGCUCCCACCUCAAAGCACACCGCAGGACACACACAGGGGAGAAACCCUACAGGUGCAGCUGGGAAGGCUGCACAUGGAAGUUCGCCCGUUCAGACGAGCUGACGAGACACUACCGCAAGCACACGGGAGUCAAACCGUUCCACUGUCCCGACUGUGACCGCAGCUUCUCCCGCUCUGACCACCUGGCUUUACACAAGAAACGACACCUUCUAGUGUGAAACCGUCUGCCGUGCAACUUGAAUGCAACUCUGUGCUGGGUUCAGUGUUGGACUACACCACUUUGACUUUAAAAUGAAAUGGCUGGCCUUACCUGGAGUGCGACAGGGAGUGAGGAAAUGUUUCCUCAGGGUUAAUGUUUAAACCCUUUCACCUCAUUAAGCCAAAGAGAGAAAAAAAGCUGGUUGCCAGCUCACACAUUUAAGACCAGCUCAUUUUUAUAGAAAUAUGGUAGCUGAACCAAACCUCUGAUCAGCUGUGGAACGGCCAGACACUUUUUUUCUUUUUGCUUGCAGCUCCUCAGCUGGCCUGAGAGCAGCGCCCUCUUGUGGCUACACAACCAAAACAGCAGUUCAGUCUGUGCAAGCCACAUGGCAUGCUCACAAGCUUCUCAGCGCAACAUGAUCUCCAGCUUUAAAGCUUUUUGUUUCACAUGCAUUCAAGUGAACAUUUGGGACUUGGACACACACUUACAAAUACAUAUUUUUUUUUGCUCGCUACGCCAAUACAAUGUGAAACGUUCCAGAAUGUAUCCUAUCACGCCUACUGUGCAUUGUGUCAUAGAUACUUCAGCUUUUCUUCUUUCUUUUUUUUUUCUUUUUAAAACACUCGUGCCAACUUCCUCCUUCGGGGUCUGCUAUAAUUAAAAAAACAAACACACCACACACCUCAUCUGCCUCUGCAAGCUCAGAUCAUGAAGUGAUGACAGGUUGCUAACGCUCGCUUUCUCUUGUACAUACACUCUCUUAUUAAAAGCAGCUCAGCCUUGGUUUCGUGUACUCUUGGGUUUUAACAGUCUAGUGGGUAGUUUCAGUCAGUGAAGUGUUUUUGUUUUCAUUCAGAAAUGUGAAAGUUGCUGCACAGGGGCAUUAAUGUGUCGGUGAGGAAAAAGACACCACUCGGUCAGUUUAAGGGUAGAAGCAAUGAAAUUGUGUCUUUACUGAUUUCUUAUGUUGAGUUUGUGUAUCUAUGAACUGUGUUUCGGUUUGUGACAUGACACCGAGGUAGCUUUUAUUAUUGUGUCACACUUUGAUACGGGGUGGGGAGAAAAUGCAAAAUGCAAGGCAGGGAAAUUUUUAAAAAAAAGUUUUUUAAUUUUGUAAUUUUUAUAUUCAGGAGCAGUUGAGUUAUAUUCCAGCCCACUCUACACAUACAUUUGUUUUAAAAAAAAAAAAUUAACUUGUACACAAUUAAUACUUUAUCAUUCCCCAAAAAAGUCAAAUCAGGGAUUAUUGUUGUAGCAGAUAUUCUGCUACCAAACCUUUUUUUUUUUUUUUUUAAAGUGCCAUAAAGGUUUUUAGAGCACAAUUUUCCACAGCUGGAGAGCAAUACACUUUCUCUCUUUUUUUAAAUGGCGCCUUUGUACAUCUCCAAUGUGCACUUUAUAUAUAUUUUAUAAAUAUAUAUAUAAAUAGUAUGUAUGAGUACAUUAUUUAACAAUCCCAAAGCCAGACAUUUUAAAUCACAUCAGGUUUUUUUUUGUUUUGUU